CCUUCUUUGCGGGGAUUUUCGAGAGCCCUGUUCGCGGAAUUAUGCCGUUCGCGGUGGUGUUUGAUUUUGGUUUCGGGCCCGUUUCUCGACGUGCGCGCGACCGAGUGUGAGGAACUGAGAUGCUGUUGUGCUGUGUGCCAUACUAAUAGUGCCGUGGUUCGAUCGGGUUAACAGGAGGUGACCCCGUACGCGCGUAACGCUUCACUGGGACGAACGGUUAACGCAUGGAGAGCUAGUGGGGGGCUAGUGGGCCCUUUAAUGUGUGUCCUUUCUGGUGCUUGCGGGUUCCUGCUGGAAUAGCCGCAGUGUCAAGUAGCGCUUACAUCAGCGUGUUGUGGUGUAACCCGUCCACUUUUCCAUCCACCCACCAGCCCACCCACAAACUGUUCGUUAGUUCGAGGCAGAGAAAGAGAGAGAGAGAGAGAGAGGGCGUCUCAAACACCCCAGCAUCACCGUCGAUCAUCGACGGGGCAUUGUUAAAGGAUAAUUCGUCCUCUCACUCCGGCUUGGCGCGAUUUUCUAGCCAUGGAUCCACCACACAACCCGUUCAACUUUCACCUUGGUCCACCGGCUUCCCAUGCCGUUCACGGCCACCAUCCGGAGCCAACGCCUAGUCCUCCACAAAGUGUUCCCGGUCGCCGAACGCCAUUAGGCACCGUAGGUCUGGGUGGAUUCUACGCACAACCACACGCGUCAUCUUCCACCCAUACGGACGAGAACCGUCCAUCGGGCAGUGCCGAAAGCCCACCACCGCACCUGCACACCUCCGUUACGGCGGGAGUCAGUGGAAAGCAGAAAAAUCGACAGGGAAAAUCUGUACGCCUAAACAUCAACGCUCGCGAGCGGCGAAGAAUGCACGAUUUAAACGAUGCCCUGGAUGAGCUGCGUAGCGUCAUUCCGUACGCACACUCACCUUCGGUGCGAAAACUGUCCAAGAUCGCCACGCUGCUGCUGGCGAAGAACUACAUCCUUAUGCAGGCUAAUGCUUUGGAUGAGCUAAGAAGACUGCUAGCGUACAUACAAAGUGCUGCCGGAGCCAGCAUUCCAACGGUGGACUUACGCACGAUGCCUUCGGCCCUUAAGCUUCAGCAACUGCUGCAAGCUCCCCAUCAGGACCUGGCGCUUCAGCCAACUGCUGGCGCGUCCUCAAGUGCAGCCGGUCAACCACCUCCACCACCACCGCCUGCACCUAGUCAGAACCCGUAAAAGUGGCAACCCACCGCCAGCAAGGCUACUGAUUUCGUGUGCCCUCCUUUCUAGUCACUAUGUGGAAUUUUUGACAAAGCUCACCCAUUUGCGAACUACUAGUUUAAGAUUUGCAACGCCUGUAGUGUGUGGUUACGAUUUUUCCUCUAGUCAUUUUGAUUUUGAGAAGGUGCAUUUUGUGUUUUUACACUCCCUUUCCCUAUCUGUGUAUUGUACUUAGCUGCAUGCCUAAUGCACCCGUGUGGUUGCCAGUUUAAGUAAUAACAGUGAAAAUAAAACAGAGUAGCAAGUUUACAA